AUGGUACCCCCUACGCGGUAUACGCGUUCUCUUCGACCGAAUGCACUGUCACGGAAUGUUCCCCUGGCUCGAGUAACAUCAAUGCGGAUAUGCAGACCAUCGACUGCUCCACCGACUACAUCCAGGUCAUUCGCGACAAGUUUGGCAGUUCGCCAUACAUUAUCGAACAGAUGA